UCACUCCUCUCCCCGUGAGUGUGGAUUCUGAAUCCCUCAUUCCCUCCGGCAGGCAGAUGGCGACUGGGGCCGACAAACCCUUUUUGCCAUUCGAGAUUAUCAUCAACAUUCUCAAAAGGUUUCCUGUCAAAUCUAUCGUUCGAUUGCAAUGUGUGUGUAAAGAUUGGAAAAAUCUCUUCAAAACCCCAUCUUUCAUCGCUGAACACUUCCACCACUCUGAUCAUGAUAACCCUUUCCUUCUUCUCCUCGAAUGCAACUGUGAACAUAUGCGUUCGUCCGUGCGCUUGCUUAAUCAUAAGAUGGAAACCGUUGAUGUUUUGAGCAUACCCACUUUCGAUUCUUUCAGACGCAGUUGGACAAUCAUUGGUUCCUGCAAUGGCUUGCUUUGCGUGGAACUCUAUCCUAAUGAUGAAGGCAAGUUUCCUAGUUCGCUUUGGUUGUGGAACCCAAUGCUUAGAGAGGUCAGAGAAGUACCCAACACACUGAAUGACUAUUGGCACGUCUGCACGUUUGGAUUUGGGUUCAGUUCCGUCGUUAAUGAUUACAAGAUAGUGAGAUUUUAUAAUCAAGAGUUGCAUGAAAAGAAGGAAGAUCAAGUCCAUCAUUUCACCAGGCUUAAUCGAGUGGAAGUCUUUUCAUUAAGCACAGAUUCGUGGAAGGAACGAGAAUUGAGAGCUUUAAAUGAUACUUUAAAUGGUACAAGUGUUCUAUCUCCUGCUGUCAAUGUUAAUGGAACUUUGAUUUGGCAAGGAAGGAAUCAUCGUUUUACCACGGUAGUUUCUUUCGACAAAACAACGGAAGUGUUUUUAUUGUUUUUAUUUGCACCAAUCCCAACUGAAAACGGUCUUUAUCCACUUGACUUUGGUGUGUGCGAGAACAAACUUGAGGGUCACUUUGUGAUUCAAGAGAAAUCUGGAUCUCAUUUCAUCGGUGUAUCAUCGGUGUAUGGGUGAUGGAGGAGGUUGCUUGUGAAUCUGGGAAGAGUUGGAGUGUUACUCAGAAAUAUAGGACCGGACCACUGUCAUUUUCUUUAAAUCCUCUAUGUAUUUGGAUGAAUGAAAUAGUCUGCCGUGACGAGAAAUUUGGGACUUUGUUGGACGGUGACCCAAGGCGCAUUCUUCAUCUGUUCAAUGUCAUUACUAAUGAAGGGAGGAAGUUCAACUGUUCAGCUACUUGUGACCAUUGUGAUGUUUUCAACUAUGAGAAGAGCCUUGUGUCUGUCUGGAACGCCCAGGUUGAAUAGCAUUGCUCUCAAAUAGAAUCAUUUCUUCAUUGCAAAUUUCUGUUGUCUCUGUAAAUUUGGUGGAAAUUAAUCCACGAAACCUUUUAACAUUUUGGUUCUAUCUAACUGUCUAUAAUCCUUGAUGUUCCUUGGAUAUGUGAUCUGGAAUGGAGAAACUCAGUAAGUUAUAUAUACAUUGAAUAUUAAGAUGAAUGGAACAGCCUGUGGGGAUGAAGUUUUAGAUUAAUUGGUGCAAGUGAAAGGAAACAGUGA